UCGGAUCUGACGUGGAUCCUCGAUCAGACUCUCCACUUUAGGGACCCCAAGCACUCUCAAAUUUACGAGAAUUGCCACUACCACGUCCCCCAAAUACAUUUCAGUGGGAAGGGUACUUUCGUAAAAGCCAAGAAACCACUUUCCGGUUUCCGCAAAAACCCGUCACCGCCGCUGCAUCCUCCCCUCAUUCUUCUCUCUCUCUCUCACCACAUAUACAUACAUAUAUAUACGUUAUCAUUUUUUUUUUUUUAAUAACUCCAGUUUUUGUCUGUGCAUCGAUUGUAACAGGCAAUGCUCGUGUCUCUCUCUCUUUAUAUGUUUAGAUUCUUUAUCUGGAACUUGGAAGCUCUUGUGUUAGCUCUCUAAUCGGUGAUCUCGAAGCUUAUUCAAUCCCUUUUUCUUUUUUCGAAUGGCUUCAAAAUCGGCUGUGGAUAUAACAGAGACAUCUUCAAAGGUUCAUUUCUCAGGAUUUCAUCAAAUGGAUGGUUUAGUUUCAACUAGACCAGAGGAAAUGGUUGAGGAAGAAGAACAUGGGCAACCUUUUGUGAUCGGAGUUGCUGGAGGUGCAGCUUCCGGGAAAACAACUGUCUGUGAUAUGAUUAUGCAGCAACUGCAUGAUCAGAGAGCUGUUGUUGUAAAUCAGGAUUCUUUCUACCAUAAUGUAAAUGAAGAGGAGCUUGUAAGAGUUCAUGAUUACAAUUUUGAUCAUCCUGACGCUUUCGAUACAGAGCAAUUAUUGUCUUCCAUGGAGAAGUUAAGAAAAGGGCAAGCAGUAGAUAUUCCCAACUAUGACUUUAAAAGUUACAAGAACAAUGUUUUUCCACCCAGAAGGGUGAAUCCUUCUGAUGUUAUAAUUCUGGAAGGGAUACUAAUUUUUCAUGACCCUCGGGUGCGAGAUUUGAUGAACAUGAAGAUAUUUGUAGAUGCAGAUGCCGAUGUGCGUUUAGCGAGAAGGAUUAAACGUGAUACUGUUGAGAAGGAUAGAGAUAUCGCUACAGUUCUUGACCAGUACUCAAAGUUUGUGAAGCCAGCAUUUGAGGAUUUUAUACUCCCAACAAAGAAAUACGCAGAUAUAAUAAUUCCCCGAGGUGGUGAUAAUCAUGUGGCUAUUGAUUUGAUUGUGCAACAUAUCCGCACGAAGCUCGGUCAGCAUGAUCUCUGUAAAAUAUAUCCAAAUCUUUAUGUUAUUCAAUCAACUUUUCAGAUACGUGGGAUGCACACUCUAAUCCGAGACUCUAAAACAACAAAGCACGAUUUUAUCUUCUACUCCGAUCGACUGAUACGUUUGGUCGUUGAGCACGGCCUUGGACACCUUCCCUUUACAGAAAAGCAAGUGGUUACUCCCACAGGAUCUGUGUAUUCGGGUGUGGACUUCUGUAAGAAACUGUGUGGUGUCUCAGUUAUCAGAAGCGGUGAGAGUAUGGAGAACGCUUUAAGAGCAUGCUGCAAAGGCAUCAAAAUUGGGAAGAUUCUGAUCCAUAGAGAAGGCGACAAUGGUCAACAGCUUAUCUAUGAGAAGCUACCCUCAGACAUUUCAGAAAGGCAUGUGCUUUUGCUAGACCCAAUCCUCGGGACAGGAAACUCAGCGGUGCAAGCGAUAAGACUGCUUAUAAGUAAAGGCGUGCCUGAAUCCAACAUCAUAUUUCUCAAUCUGAUAUCUGCACCUCAAGGAGUAAAUGUGGUGUGCAAAAAGUUCCCAAGGAUAAAGAUUGUGACUUCAGAGAUAGAACUCGGUUUAAACGACGAGUUCCGAGUUGUUCCUGGUAUGGGAGAGUUUGGAGACCGCUACUUUGGGACCGAUGAUGAGUGAGCUAGCCUCCCUCGAGAAUUUUGAUAUCUUUGUUUCGACAGUUAUACGUAUUUUUAUGAUCGGAUUCACACAUACAUACGCCUAUACGAAAACAAACUAAGUGGGAACGUAUCCACAGUAUUUGGGUCCAUCA